UUGCAUUUCAUUUUUCGAGUAUGACAGACCCGGCGUCGCUUGAGUACCGCAGUGAGUGCACAAUUACCCUUUUCUGCCUCUGUAUAUAAUCGGGUAUUAACCAUCUUUGUGUUACGAACUUGGCUCUUUCUCAAUUUUUUUCCAUCUAUUUUUUUCAUUUCAAACAAUAACCUUUUUUCUUCCCAUCUUGUUUUUCUCUUCUUUCAGGUCGUAGAUACUCCAGCGACGGUUUCGCAGGUGACACUGACAGCAUAAUGAAUAUGGGGUCCGAAAACCAUCGUAAACAAGAACACGACCCUCCACCAUCGCAUCCGGCCGUCGUCGAUGACGAGCCUUCAACACCCACUACGUACUCCACACCUCAAAGUACACCUCAACCGGAAAACAAUACACAGAUCAUCACGACUCCACCCACGCCAGUCACCCCUUCACCUUCCCCUUCGGCGCCUGAACGAGGUGCAACCCAAUCAGCCCAUACAACUGAUGAUGAACACGAUCCCACCCUGUCGGAUCACCAUAUUCCCACUCACAUCCCUCUUGAAGCGCUUGCUGGACCUGCGCUUGUCACUGCUCCCGAUCUGGAUGGCCGUACCUUGGCGGAAGAGUUUGAUUGGGGCGGUCGUGAUGACGACGAAGACGACGAAAUUGAUCAGGGCGCCAAAGAAGGGCGCAAGAAACGACGGGCGCUUGCUCAAAAUAAUCUCAUCAUUUGCAUUUCCCGCAAUUCAUCUUUCAUUGCUUGGGGUUGUAUUGUGUUGUUUGCUCUUAUUUUGAUCGCGGUCGAUGUCGCUAUUUUUGUUGUUUACAACAAGCGCGAUGUGGUCACAACGGUGUCCUACAAUCUGGAAUUAUGGUUCACUUUUCUUGCUUUCAUGUGGUGUAUCGGAUUUCUGUGUCAAGUCGCAGUGGAACUGGUUCCCUGGGCUAUCAAGACCACCGUCGGUUACGUUCGUCCUCACUCUAGUGAAGUCUUGAGAAUGCGUUUAUCGUAUUACAUGGCGUUGCGGCCAUACAUCAAGCUUGUGGUGAUAGCUGCGUGGGCUUGGGGUAGUUGGGCGUUUAUCAGAGACCACGUUGAUCAACCAACCGUGACUGACCAUUCGAAAAACCCGCCCGUCCAAGUGAGAGCACCCCAGCCGUCGUAUGUGGGAACUUUUUUCAGCAUCUGGGAAGCCUGCUUUUUCGCCGCUCUGCUUUUGUUCAUUGAAAAAUUUAUUCUGCAACUCAUCGUCACCUCUUUCCACAAAAAAGCAUACGGGGACCGAAUUAAAAGCAACGAUAAAGCGUUGAAAACAUUAGAUAAGCUCAAACGAGUCAAGCGCAAGAACCCGCAAGAGUUUUUGUUGAAACGCAUCCGACGCAAGCAAAAGAAUCCUACGGGAUCUGCGGCCACGAGCCGGUCGCCUUCAGUGGAUGAAAUGCAUCCGGAUCUCGGUCACCAGCGUCUUGGCAACAAUCGAUCGAUAAUGAAUACACUCCGCCCUGACGACCAAUCAAAAGCGAAUGUGCGUUUUCCCAGUCAGAAUAUGGACACGUUGAUUGCCAUUCCCCCUUUGGAAGAUCGUAUUCGAUCGGACGAUGAAAAAUAUGACUUGGAGAAAACCGACACCGAUCCUCAUUCUCAAUCCGUCAAAGAGAAAGAGAAAGAGCCGGCCAAGAAAAAGGUGCCGUUUUUCAAACGUUGGCGCGCCGAGCAUCACAACAAUGCGCAGGCCAAUCCCCCCGAGGAAUCGAAAACGCGAACGGCCGUGGAUGCUUACGGCAACCGGACGACGUCGCCUCCUUUGAUUUCACGCAACAGCACGGCUUUUUCGCGGUCCAGUUCGGAUGAGAAAUCAUUUUUGGGUGCGACCAAGGAUUUUGGAUUGGGCGCUGGCGCUAUUCCGGGCAAGUUGCUCAAAGGCGGCUAUAGAAAGAUUUUGAAUGCCGGGUCGACUCACGCGUCCAUGCCGCAAUCGUCAUCGGCUCAAGCGAAAGCGUUGGCCAAACGGAUCUAUCACAACCUGGUGGGACCCGAACCUACGCGAAAUUCCAUUGUUGAGUCCGAUUUAUACCCUUUCUUCCGAACUCAUGAAGAAGCCGCUGACGCUUUUGCCUUGUUCGACUUGGACGGCAACGGCGACAUCAGCAAACGCGAACUCCGUUCAGGCUGUAUCCGCAUCUACCGUGAACGCAAGAACCUCGCCACAUCCAUGCGCGAUUUAUCACAAGCCACGGGCAAAUUGGACAUCAUUCUUAUUGUGAUCUUUGUUGUCAUUUGGGUGAUUAUUGUCCUGGCUGCCUUUGGUGUAAACGUGGGAACGGAACUGAUGCCCUUGUGGAGUGCUUUCAUUGCGGCCAGUUUCAUUUUCGGCAACAGUGCCAAGGAUGCAUUUGAAGCCAUUAUUUUCGUCUUUGUCACGCAUCCCUUUGAUGCUGGCGAUCGUGUCAUGAUUGGUCUUGAGAACUGGGUGGUCGACAACGUCGGUCUGCUGGUCACCACUUUUAUUAAAUGGGAUGGUUCGGUGGUUUAUGCCAAGAACUCGGUGUUGGCGACACAGUACAUUAUUAACUGUCGCCGCACAGGACGUACCGGUGAAUGUGUCGAUUUGCAUGUUCAUUUUUCGACACCGAGUGAGAAGAUUCGACAGCUUAUUAGCCACAUGACGGAAUGGUCCAAUCAGUUUCCCAAACUUUACACUACCAAUGCCACUUCAGCCAACGUUAUCUCGUUUGAAAAUCAAAAUCGAAUUACCCUCACCUUUUAUUUCGAACAUACACAAAACUGGCAAGAUCCUGGCGGUCGAUGGCUUCGUCACAAUAACUUUAUGUGGGAAUUGAAGGAAGAAAGCGAACGACUUGGUAUCAACUACUCGUUGCCUCCCCAACCGCUUACAGGAAAACCCAAUGAUGCUCCUCCGGAACUGUAUAACAUGGGCAACCGGUCAGAUUAUGGUCUAAAUGGAAUGCAACGACGUCGACCCUACGAGUAUGAAGAUGGCGUUCGAGGUCCCGAUGUGCACGGUGAUGCUGGUGGCCAUGCCGCCGGUAGCAGUAAUGAUGUGGAUCCCGGUGCUGCGGCAACCCUCAUGUUUGCUGCGUCAUCGCUGUCAUAAAACAAGUGGAUGCAGUGAAAAUGAAAGAAAAAAAAUACUGAUCAAAGGAAGAAAAAAAAAGAAAUUCGUUUGGUUAUAAAUAAAAAAAAAAAGA